AUGUCGACGCCGCUGACCUUCUUCAUGCCUCCGCCCACCGCCGAAGAGAUCAUUGAAGCCCUGGAACAAGAGGUGCGACGCCAGCAAGAAGAGACUCCAGAAGUCCUCUUUGGUUCACCAAUGGGCCAUCAAGGGUACCAACGUUUGUGCGAACAGGAAUACUCAAGAUUCUCACCAGAGGAGGUCGAGUUAUAUCGAAGCGGCAUCCUUGAUCCUGCUUAUUGGGAGUGUGAAGCCAAAAAAUUCAAAGACUUGCUAUCUGAGGUGAUAUGGCAAAACAUAUUGCAGACCAAGUGCGUGAAUGGCCGGGCAAAACUGGAUAGCUGGCGGGAUGUCGCAAAGGCCUACAGAAACCGUUUGUUGAGGCAUGGAUGCUCUGCGCAACGAAUACGAGAGGGCCGGCUCACAAUCACGGACAAGAGAUAUUGGGAAGAGGAAGCAAGUCGUCUCCAAGGGAUGGCCGCUCUUCGUGAGCACGAAGCACAGGAGGCGUAUUUGGAGGCUUAUUGGGCAAGGAUAUCCAACGUCCAAGGUAUCACCCCCUCGGAGGCGAGGGAGAUAGAGCACAACGAGCUACAGAAGGUGCCCAGAACUCGAAGCCGUACGACCGCUCGGCAGCCCACACGACGUUCGCAACGGCUCCAAUCAAACCUCAGAAAGCGACAGGGUGAUAAAGUGUUGGGUGAGCGAGAGCCGGGGUUGCGCAACGUCCCACCCCCCAAGAUUACGAAGCGCCGGCGUAAAGGCUGCAAAGGUCGGCGCUAA